AUGGCAUUCCAGCAGUCGGAAUUGCCGACCCCGAUGCUCCACGGGCGCCCCGGACCAGGCUUCCCCCAUACUCGAGGGGGUAACGAGACCCCUACCGGCUAUGAGAAGAACUGGCUCCCCUCAGGACAGUGGAUGAUUUCUCAAAACACAUGGCGGACGUCAAGAAUGAAUCCUCUAGCCACCAGGGCGCCAUGCCCGAAGCCGACGAAAGAGCACCAUGAUCAGGAACGGAAGACGGCUGAGGAGCGAGAUGUCAACCACCCGCAGAAUUGGUCUCUGAGGGCCAAGAUGUCCACGUAUCUGACAAUCUGCGGCUUCACCUUUUCCGCCAACGUCAACUCCAGCAACUUUACCGUCGCGACGCAGGAGAUCAUCAAAGAAUUCCAUGUCAGCCAGACCCAGGCCGGGCAGCUGGUGUGUUUCAAUGUGUUCCUCUUCGGCGUGGGCAACAUCUUCUGGGUCCCGCUCAUGCGAGUGGUUGGGAAGCGUCCGGUGUACCUAGUGGCCAUAUUGGCGCUCUCCAUGAUGAACGUAUGGUACAGCCAGGCCGUCAGUUAUAACGAAUUGCUUGCUUCGCGCAUCCUCUCCGGAUUUCCCGCCGCUGCGGCAGAUGCGACGGUCCCCGCGGUCGUUACAGACAUGUUCGGUCCCCAAGAUUGUGGCCACUAUAUGAUGUUCUUUCACCUUGCGCUGACCACGGGCCUGUUCAUGGGGCCGUUGAUCAACGCAUACCUAGUCCAAGAGCGGGACUGGCGCUGGAUGUGUUACUUUCUCUCCAUCGCGGUUGGGAUUAGGUUUGUGGUGUCUGUCUUCACGAUCCGAGAAACCUCAUACGUCAAGCGCCUUCCAGCGGGUUCAUCGUCCACAACCACGCGUUCGCCGUGGCAGUGGAUGUCCCUCACGAUCGGGAAUAUCGUUGUGCAACUGACAGCAUCCCGUACUUUUUUACAACCACCCUAUAGUUGGCAAUUGGGUAGCCUCGGUCUGCUGUCAUUAGCAGGGUUCAACGGCGCGGUCCUUGCGUUUUAUGUCGGUGGCCGGCUUAUUGAUAUAAUUUCGACCCGUAGCACUGCACGACAUGGUGGUGUCCGUAUGCCCGAAUAUCGACUGCCAGCCAUCGUGAUCCCCGGCACCAUUGGCCCGGCGGGGAUUUUGAUCUUCGGGCUCUGCGUUGCGUACCGGACGCACUGGAUCGGCCCAGCCUUCGGCAACGCCAUGCAAGCAUUUGGAGUUGCUGCCAUCUCGAAUGUCGCCGUAACCUAUUCCCUAGACUCCUACAAACCAGUAACCGGCGAAGCAUUGGUGAUCAUCUUUGUGAUUCGAAACACGAUUGGAAUGCUUUUGUCCCUUUACGCAGCGGACUGGAUCGAGCACCAUGGACCGGCACGCGUUUUCGGUGAAAUGACGGCCAUCCAGGUUGCCAGCGUUCUAUGCGCCGUCCCGCUAUUCUUGAAGCGUGACCAUUUCAACAUCUGUUUUGAAAGUAUUGAGGCAUGGCAGGCAUUUGAACCCUUUGAUGACAAAUACAAGAAGAAGCUCGCGGCGAUUGGAGCCCAUGUCGGAUUGGCUAUUACAACCCGGUCAUUACCGCCUAUGGCCGAGGUUCCACUGACGGUAUCAAUGAAGCAACUAAUGGAUGUCGAAGCUGGGGAUGGGGUCAAAGUGCGCAUCGAAAAGGGGGGAUAG